GUCCAUUUGAAUGAGGAAAAGGACGGAGCCGCGGAUCGAGCACCUUGAUUAAGAUUUAUAUUCAAAAGGAAAGUAUUCCAUUCACAAGCUACUGGAUGAGAGUCUUAUUUGCCCUUGGCAACUGAAGAUGAUGUUACUAUGGAAACGACUUGUGCUGCUAUCAAUCAUUGGCUGCCUUGCAGACCCAACAUCCUGUACAGAAGAUGUGAUGUUCCUUGGGCCAAGCUGGAGGAUGGAGCCCAGUGACCAGAUACUCCCCAUUGACUCCCCAGACCAGGAGGCCACAAUGACAUGCGAAGCGGGAGGAACACCCUCCCCACAGUACAGAUGGUCGCUAAACGGAACGCUCAUUGAUCUCAGGAGCGACUACAGGCGUCGCAUGUCUGGGGGCAACCUGAUCAUUAGCCGCCUGGACAGGACCCAAGACACAGGAAUGUACCAGUGCACAGCUAGCAAUCCGCUGGGAACGAUCGUGAGCAGGAGAGCCAGUCUGACCUUUGCCUACCUGGAAACUUUCAGACCCCAGACAAGAAGUGCAGUCUCGGUUCGAGAGGGACAAGGGGUUGUUUUGUUGUGUGGACCACCAAUGCAUUCUGGAGAACUCACCUUCGCCUGGGUAUUCAAUGAAUACCCCUACUUCGUCCAGCAGGACAAUCGUCGAUUCGUGUCCCAGGAGACAGGAAAUCUGUACAUUGCCAAGGUUGAGCCCUCUGAUGUCGGCAACUACACCUGUGUAGUGGUCAACACGGUGACCAAGGAGAAGGCGCUUAGCUCUCCUACACCCCUCGUCCUGAGGACAGACGGAGCAAUGGGUGAAUAUGAACCGAAAAUCGAAGUUCAUUUCCCGGAUGCUGUUCCUGCCGCAAAGGGCUCUGUGGUUAAACUGGAGUGUUUCGCUUUGGGAAACCCCGUUCCAGAAAUCAUCUGGAGGCGGCCCAACGGUAUUCCGUUUCCCACCAAAGUGAAAAUGAAGAAGUAUAAUGCCAUCCUGGAGAUUCCUAACUUCCAGCAGGAAGAUGCAGGGACUUACGAGUGCGUGGCCGAGAACAGCCGGGGACGAAACACCGUGCGAGGCCGCCUCUCCUUCCACUCAAAGCCGCACUGGAUCCAGACGAUGCGAGACGCAGCCAUUUCCAUCGAGUCCAGCCUAGUGUGGGAGUGCAAAGCCAACGGGAAGCCAAAGUCCUCCUACAGUUGGCUGAAGAAUGGGGAGGUCCUGACCUCGGAGGGCAGAGUGCAUAUUGAAAAUGGGGUUCUUUCGAUAGCCUCCUUGAACCUGUCAGAUGCUGGGAUGUACCAGUGUGUUGCCGAAAACAAACAUGGGAUUAUUUAUUCCAGUGCCGAGCUGAUGGUCUUGGCUUCACCGCCCAGCUUCUCCAAAGAGCCGCUGAGGGCCUUGCUGAAGGCACGCUCCGGCAGCCAAGUCCUUCUGAAGUGCGCGCCCCAGGCCUCUCCCCAAGCAGUCAGACUGUGGAAGAAAGGGAAUGAAGUUCUGCAUCCAAACGACAGGGUCGCCCUCCUUCCUGAUGGAUCGCUACAAAUCACCAACGUGACCAAGAGGGAUGGGGGCAGUUACACGUGUAUAGCGAGAAACCAGUUUGGAACUGCCAGCACAACAGGAAGACUGCUUAUUACAGAGCCCACGAGAAUCACUCAGGGGCCCACCAACAUGGAGAUCAUCGUGGGUGAGAGCAUCGUCCUGCCCUGCCAGAUUGCGUGUGACCCUGCGCUUGACGUCUCCUUCUCCUGGGCUUUCAACGGUCAACUCAUUGACUUCGACAGGGAUGGGGAUCAUUUCGAGAGAGUGGGAGGGGCUGUCGCCGGGGAUCUGAUGAUUCGCAACAUCCAGUUGAACCACGGUGGGAAGUAUGUUUGCGUUGUCGACACAGACGUGGAGAGUCUUUCAGCUGCCGCAGUCUUAAUCGUGAAAGGCCCCCCAGGACCCCCAGAUACGGUUAUGGUGGAGGAGAUCACGGACAGCACCGCUCAGCUGUCCUGGAGCCCUGGCCGGGACAACGGUAGCCCUAUCACCGGCUACAUCGUUCAAGGGAGGACGCCCUUCACAGUGGGCUGGCAGGGCGUCAACACAGUGCCGGAGCAGAUUGACGGCAACAUGCUGACAGCCACUGUGGUAGACCUGAAUGCCUGGGUGGAAUACGAGUUCCGUGUGGUUGCCAGCAACAGCGUUGGACUAGGGGAGCCCAGUCCUCCCUCCGUCAAAACCAGGACAGAGGAUGCAGUUCCCGAUACCGCUCCCACGAACGUCGGAGGUGGCGGUGGCACUAAAUCGGAAUUGGUGAUAACGUGGGAGCCCGUGCCAGAGGAGCUGCAGAACGGUGAAGACUUUGGCUAUAUCAUCGCCUUCCGGCCAGUGGGCACCGUCACCUGGACUCGGGCUGUGAUAUCCACACCUGGUGUGGCUCGUUACGUGUUCAGAAAUGACACCAUUCCAGCUUUUUCGCCAUUCGACGUAAAAGUUGGCGCAUACAACAAAAAAGGAGAAGGGCCCUUCAGCUCCAUAGUUACUGUUUUUUCAGCGGAGGAAGUACCAAGCGUAGUGCCAGUCAGAGUUACGGCCAGGAGUAUUUCGGCGUCACAGAUCGAAGUCAGCUGGGACAGCCCUCCUUCCCCUCCGGAAAGGAUUCUUGGACACGAGGUUAUGUACUGGGAAGAUGAUACCAAACCCGACACUAUAGGGAAGGUUCGGAUAUCGGGAAAUUAUACAUCGGCUAACAUCAGUGGCCUUAAAGGAAAUGUUCAGUAUUACAUAUCUGUGUGCGCCUUCAACACCGCUGGAACUGGACCGCCGUCUCCACCCAUCAACGCAACAACUAAAAAACCGCCCCCUGGACAACCCCCAGCAAACAUAGAGUGGACCCUCUUCGGCUCCCAGCUCACCCUACACUGGGACCCUGUGACAGCCUUGGAGAUGGAAUCGGAGGUCACUGGAUAUCAGGUGUUAUAUGGAAGACACAGACACAACAUGGUGAAUAUAAUCACAACAAACAAAACCACGGUGGAGCUGACACUUCCCAUCAACGAUGACUUUGUAAUCCAGGUCAAAUCCUUAAGCGAGGGGGGAGAGGGUGCUGGGAGCGAACUCAUCCAUAUUCACAAAUUAAGCAUGGGAGCCCAAGGGUCUGGAUCAUCUUGUCUCAGUGGCCUGACGUUCUCCAUCAUCUGCGCCAAAAUAUUGUUCAUGUUAAAUUUAACAUCAUGACAACACCACUCACCUGAACAGGCAAGCAAGGCUCCUCUCCGAGUUCACCAUAAAACACAAUUCUCUGUCAUUCAAAAGCCCAGGCAGAACACUUCCCAUCUUUGCGUGGCAGUUUGUACCCUGAAUUACCGUAAUUAAUAUAUCAGCAAAGACAAAAUCAGGAAGUUUUACAUUUCAGGUUGUGCGUAGUGUUGGCAGACAUGUUCAGAUUUAUUUUAAGUGGUCUACUUGUUCACAAGCAAAAUGAGUUUACAUGACAUGGUAUAAAAUAAUGAUGACUGUCAUCUCUUGUGUUAUA